GUUAUAGACAUGGCCUGCGGGUUCACUUGAAGAAAAGGUGCAGAACCUUGUGAAAACUUGGGAAAUGGAGAUGUUCCACAAAGUCAACUUUGCCGACUAUAAAACAGUGGAUCCAAUCAAGUAUAGGUUCAGUCUAAACGGAAGGAAAGGAGUCACCCUGGAAGAGAAGAGGAAGCUUGGAGGAGGUUACAAUUCCCUCCUUCAAACAUCCCUGCCACAGAAGUUCCGAGGAUACAACCCGGCUGAGGAAACUGUGGACUCAUCCCACCGUGCUUUUACCACAGCGUUUCCUCGUGGAUUUGCGCUGGAGAUUCUGCAGGUCUACUCGGGGCCACCAGCGAUUGUAUACAAGUUCAGGCAUUGGGGUUUCAUGGAGGGUCCUUUCAAAGGACAUGCACCAACAGGAGAAAUGGUUGAGUUAUUUGGCAUGUCCAUUUUUGAGUUGGAUGAACAAUCGAAGAUUGUUAAGGUUGAGUUCUUUUAUGACCGUGGAGAAUUGCUCGGUGGUCUUAUGAAGGGGAACCCCUCUGAAAUUUCUACCAAUGACACAUCUUCAACCUGCCCUUUCUUGAAAAGCACCGGGUAGAAUUGUGUUUCAAGCUUAGAAACACAAGCAAAUGAGUUCCAUGUUGAAUGUGUAAUUUAUAUAAUCCUGAUACAUAAACAAUAACAACAAAUUAAAUCUUAUUCUCAAUAAAUUUCAGGAUAUUUAAUAAAAUCUGUGUUCUUUUUUCACAACAUCAA